AUACUAAAUGCUGACUUCUCGAGCUUUGGGCCUGACCUAGGGCUCAGUGCUGACAGUCCAGUUCUCUGGAAGCUGGCCCUGAGCUGGGCCCACCCAACCUCACGACCCCACAGAGCCUGACCCCACAUUCCUCCUCCACGGAGCCGCUCCCCACACCACCUCCCCCACCCACACCCUUCCCCCACCCCAGGACGUCCUGGUGUUCUACUUCCUCUCCUCUCUUUGGGUGCCGCCCAAGUCGCUGCCAUUGAAGGAGCAGAGGUGGCCUAGAUGCGGAGGCUAUAGGACACUGUGGGGCAGAAGCCGGAGUCUCAGACCAGAGCUGCAACUCUCCUCCCAUCCUGUGCGCAAACAGACUGGGCCUCUGCUUCCGAUCCUGGAAGGAAGAACCUCUGGAGAUGGCAUCCAAUAGUGACCCUGUUGCAAUCCCAAUGAUAGAAAGCAAUCCCAGUGACCUUCCUGGAAUGGACACCAGUGACCAGAACACAUUGACUGGAGAGGCUGUGUUGAGUUUUCAUAACAUCAGCUAUCGGGAAACAGUUCAGAGUGGCUUUGCAUUUCGUAAAAAAACAUUCAUGAUAGAAAGACUAUCAAAUAUGAAUGGGAUCAUGAAACCUGGCCUCAAUGCAAUUAUGGGACCUCAAGAUGGGAGCAGAUCUUUGUUAUUAGAUGUCUUAGCUGCAAGGACAGAUCCACAUGGAUUAUCGGGAGAUAUUUUGAUAAAUGGAAAACCUCGACCUGCUAAUUUCACAUGUAAUUCUGGUUAUGUGCCACAAAAUGAUGUAACGAUGUUCACGGUGACUGUGAGAGAAAAUGUAGAGUUCUCAGCUGCUCUUCGACUGCCAAUGACUAUGACAAGGGAUGAAAAAAGAGGGCGGAUUAAUGAGGUCCUUGAACUUCUGCAUCUGGAUGAAAAGGCAAAUGUUAAGCCUAGAUCUAAAGAGCUCAAGAAAAGGACCAGUAUAGCCAUGGAGCUGGUCACCGAGCAUCCCAUUUUGUUCUUGGAUGAUCCCACUACUGGCUUAGACUUGAAAACUGCUACUUAUGUCUUCUUUGUCCUGAGAAGGAUGUCUAGGAGGGGAUGGACCAUCAUCUUCUCCAUUAAUCAACCCCCAUACUCCAUCUUCAGACUGUUUGACAGCCUCACCUUAGUGGCCUCAGGAAAAGUCAUGUUUCAUGGGCCUGCACACGAGGCUUUGGAGUACUUCAAAUCCGCAGGUUACAAAUAUGAUUCCCACAACAACCCUGCAGACUUCUUCCUGGACAUCAUUAAUGGAAGUUUCUCUUCUCUAUUUAACACAGAGGAAGACGGCCGUUAUGUUGACAAAUAUAAAGAGCUUUCUUGGAGACAGUACCAAGUCACAGAAGAAUUAGCCAAUAUGUAUUCCCAGUCCUCCUUAUGCAGUGAAAUGAGAACUGAACUGGAUCAACUCUUGGGGGAACAGAAUGCAGGGAGGAGCUCAGCCUUGGAGGAGAUCUCGUAUGUCACCCCUUUCUGGUAUCAGCUCUGGUGGAUUAUUCGUCGUUCAUUCAAAAAUUUCCUGGGUUUUCCACGGGUCACCAGGAUCCAGGCAUUUAUCACAGCAACACUGGCAGUGUGUUUGGGUAUCGCUUUCCAUGUCCUAAGGAAUGACUGUACUGAAGUCCAAACCAGAGCCAGCCUGCUCUUCUUGGUCACAAUCUUCCAGUGUAUUACAAGUGUGUCUGCCGGGGAGCUCUUUGUGAUUGACAGGGAUCGCUUUCUACAUGAGCACACCAGUGGAUACUACAGAGUGUCAUCGUAUUUCCUUGGGAAAUUGCUGGGUGAGCUGGUGCCCAGGAGGUUAUUGCCAAGUAUUAUAUUUACUGUUAUAGUAUUCAGCAUAGUAGGAGUAAACACGGAUGUGAAGGGUUUUUUCACUAUGAUAUUUACCGUCAUGAACUUGGCUUACUCGGCCAGCUCACUGCCACUGUGUUUCAAAGCAGGGGAGAAUGCAGUGGCUCUACCAACUCUAUUUGUGACCAUCUACUUUGUGUUCAUGCUGGUUUUCUCAGGUCAGUCACUAUAUUCUGGAAGCUUCAUACCUGGGCUCUCAUGGAUUCAGUACUUGAGCAUUCCGCAUUAUGGGUUUACAGCUUUGAUGUACAACGAAUUCUUGGGACAAAACUUCUGUCUAAAAAAUAACACAGCAGAAGUCAGUAGAUGUCACAACUAUGUGAUAUGCACUGGAGAAGAAUUCCUGAUAAUCCAGGGCAUCGACCUCUCAUCGUGGGGCUUCUGGGAGAAUCACAUGGCCUUAGCUUUUAUAACGAUUAUCCUCUUAUCAAUUACCUAUGUGGGGUUAUUGCCACAUAAGAAAGUAUAAAUUCUUAGGUCUGGUAAGAAUUGUUUAAAGAACUGUGAUACCAAACUGUCUUCUAAAUAUUUGCCUUUAUACUCAUGGACACAUGCUUUACCCGGCAUUACCCAGGAAAGAUUCCCAGUGUAAUGAACUGUGGUGAAUGUAGAGACUCAUGGAUGCUCAAGGGACCAGAGUAUGUGACUCUUGAGUGCUUAAACCCUCACCAGGACACCUAUACCAACUCUCUAAAGCUUAGAUAGUGUAGAAGGGGGGGUGGAAAGAGUACAGGAGUCAGAAGAUGAGAAAAACGGCUGGAAAUGCUCUAUUGUGGGCAUGACACAGCCCUUGCAACCAUGGUCAUCUCACAACAUCUGCAGCUCCCUGCACAAGACUGGGCCCUUCAUCAGCACAACAAGGGUCAGAGAGAGACUCAACAGGACCAUACCCCAUUCUGCUGAACUACUGGCUACUGGUAGAUUAUGGGAGAGAGGCAGUCAUUGAUUUCACAUGUAUACUCAACAAGAGAGUCAGCUAGGUUUCUGUGUUCUGUGUACAGUCUAAAGCCCAGGGUCACACAGACAACUCUGGUUAAACUCUGUGGGUCACAAGAUAAAACCCAAAGAUAUGAAUAUGGCAAAGGGACUUGUAGAGAGAGGCACCUGUAGGGGUUGGAGGAGAAUCAGGAAGGUGGGAAUGAGUGAGAAUGGUUGAAAUGCAUUAUAUACAUAUAUGCAUUUGUCAUUUUUAAAAAAUAAUAUUUAAAAAAUAAAAAAUAUAAAAAGGA